GUACACAUUAUGGCGGGAGCCAAUAGCAGGCGAGGGACCUGCCCACUAAAGGUUUUCGUCAGCUGGAAAGCGCGGCGCCCCGCCCACUGUUUGAUUGACAGGGCGCUCGAUCUAUCAGAGGUGCUCUCCCCGUUUCAUAGGAGGAGCUAGUUAUGUCACAGUCGCCAUUUUGAUUGAUGACGCAGUUUGCUGUACCGCCUGCGGCCUACCAAGAUCGCGGUACCCGGUGAGAGAGCAGCCCGGGCCUGUGCGGGGUCUCCAUAGCGACGGCGGUGACACCUGGCAUCCCGGCUGUUGAAUUGUAAAUCGUAAAAAUGUUCAACAAGUCAUUUGUGAGUCCUUUUGGAGGAAGCACUGGAGCGUUUGGAGCCACUUCAACCUUUGGGCAGACUUCUGGCUUCGGCACUACACCUGCUACUGGUUUCGGGACGUCUGCAUUUGGCACGAACACGAACAGCACUGGCCUGUUUGGGAAUACGCAGACUAAGCCAGGUGGACUGUUCGGGACCAGUACGUUCAGCCAGCCGGCAGCCUCCUCCGCGAGCACUGGCUUUGGCUUUGGGGCCUCGACUGGUACGACAAACUCAUUGUUUGGGGCUGCGAACACUGGAGGGAGUCUCUUCUCAUCCCAGAACAAUGCAUUUGGGCAGACUAAACCAUCCACCUUCAGCACAGGCUUUGGGGCAAGUACGAACAGUGGCGGCCUAUUUGGAACCACAAAUACCACCACCAAUCCCUUCGGUGGAACAUCAAGCGCCCUGUUUGGAGCUUCCACAUUCUCUGCAGCACCAUCUGGGACAACAAUCAAGUUCAAUGCACCUGCGGGAACAGACACCAUGGCGAAGGGAGGCGUUACCACCAAUAUCAGCACCAAACACCAGUGUAUAACUGCAAUGAAGGAGUACGAGAGCAAGUCGCUGGAGGAGCUGCGCUUGGAAGAUUAUCAAGCAAACAGGAAGGGCCCUCAGAAUCCAGUAGCAGCGGCCACAGCAACAGGCUUAUUUGGAGCUGCCACAGCAACAUCCAGUGCGUCUACUGGCCUGUUCGGUGCAACUCCUGCCAGCAACAGUUUCUCAUUUGGGAAUAAAAAUGCGUUUGGACAAACCACCAGCACUUUUGGAGCCAACACCGGAGGUCUCUUUGGCCAGACGGCCGCUCAGCCAGCGACCAGCUUAUUUAAUAAGCCCUUUGGCCAGGCAACCACCACACCCAACACCGGCUUCUCGUUUGGGAACACAAACACUCUGGGACAGCCGCAGACCAGCACCAUGGGUCUGUUUGGAAGCACUCAAGCCACCCAGCCUACCGGACUAUUUGGCACAACCACCAACACGAACGCUGGCUCAGCAUUUGGAACGGGUACAAGUCUGUUUGGACAGACGAACGCCACUCCCUUCGGCGGUGUCGGCAGUUCGACCCUGUUUAAUAACAAACCAGCUCCGUUCGGAACAGCCACGACAACUACGCCUGCGUUUGGAACAACUUCUGGUGGCCUUUUUGGGUUUGGAGCCAAUGCUGCAGGGACUAGUCUCUUUGGUAACAAGACGGCAGUGGGGACAUUGGGGCCUGGGCUUGGAACAGGAUUUGGACCAGCGCUGAAUGCCGGCCAGACAUCCCUGUUUGGAAACAACCAGGCAAAACUUGGCGGGACUCUUGGAACAGCCCCAUUUGGGUCAACUGCGUUUAAUACAACCGCAACAGGCUUAGGAUUUGGUGGACCACAAGGCACUAUUGGUGCUCUGAGUGACCCCAGCGCAGCAGCCGCACAGCAGCUGGUCCUACAGCAGCAGAUCAAUGCUCUGGCGUACUCUCCAUAUGGGGACUCCCCUCUCUUCAGGAACCCCAUUUCUGACCCAAAGAAGAAAGAAGAGCGCCUGAAGCCCACCAACCCGGCUGCCCAGAAAGCCCUCACCACACCAACGCAUUACAAGCUAACGCCUCGCCCGGCCACCAAGGUGCGCCCCAAAGCUCUGCAGACCACAGGAACCGCAAAAACCCAGCUGUUUGAUGGCUUGGACGAUGACGAACCUUCCCUGUCCAGUGGGACCUUCAUGCCAAAGAAGAGCAUUAAGAAGCUGGUCUUGAAGAACCUUAACAUCAGCAAUAUGUUCUCCCCUACGAGCGUGGAGCCGGAUGAGAGGUCUUCCCCGUCCAGUUACCUAGAGAACGGAGACAGAGCUAGCGACAACCACAGACUCGAAGGCAACGAGGAAAACGAUGGUUUCUACCCACCCCCGUUAUCUAAGCUGCCGCUCCCGAGCCAGGACAACAAGCACACCCACAGUAUGGACGACACCAUUGUGGCGCUGAAUAUGCGCAAUGCUCUGCGGAACGAUCUGGAUGGCAGCAUGGAGGAAGCCUCAUUUAAUGAUGAGGAAAUCCUGAGUGAUGCCCAGCCCCACCCUGCAGGCAUAGUGCUGACAAAAGACGACUAUUACACCUUACCAUCCAUGGAGGAACUGGCCGAGCAGGUGGAUGAGAACGGGCAGUGUAUCGUAGAUGGCUUCACCAUCGGCCGUGAAGGCUAUGGCUCCAUCUGCUUUGAGGGAUUGGUGAACCUGACCAACUUGAACCUAGAUGACAUUGUCCAUAUACGGAACAAGGAGGUGGUGGUUUAUACUGAUGAUCGAGACAAGCCCCCAGUGGGCGAGGGUUUGAACAGGCCGGCCGAGGUGACUCUGAAUGACGUUUGGCCAAUGGAUAAAACGACUCGCUCUUUGAUCAAGAGUCCUGAACGUCUGGCUGAAAUGAAUUAUAAGAGUAAGCUGGAGGCUGCAUCCCGGAAGCAGGAUGCCCAGUUCAAGGAGUAUCGCCCAGAUACUGGAUCCUGGGUGUUUAGGGUUAAGCAUUUCUCCAAAUACGGGCUACAGGAUUCCGACGAUGAAGACGAUGACGCAGCUGCUAACGCCGAAACGAAGAAGCUUAAAGCUGCAGCUCUGCCUGCUCCAGCCCAACAGCCACCUGUCCUGCAGGCAUCGCUCAGCGGGAGACCUACCCCUCCACCGCAGAGCCCAGGAAUGGAGCAGUUGGGACAUGCUCUGGAGAUGGACAGCGACAUGGCAGAUAUCACUCAGGACCAGGCCCUGGAUUCCGCCUUUGAGGAGCACGAUGUCAUGGAAGAGCAGGAGCUGGUUUCUGCGUCAUCGCACAUUGCGUCUUCCCUGGGGGUGAAUCCGCACGCGCUACAGGUGAUGAAAGCGUCUCUUCUAAUGGAGGAGGAUGGCGGUGAUAUUGCCAACUUCAUUUUCCAGGAGAACCGGUUUCCUCGUCUACUGCACUCUUCAUCGCAGUCUCCCCGAUCUCCCGGUGUUGGAGGGCUGCUGCAGUCCAGGUUUUCUGGAAGCACCCUGCUCAAGCCAAGCGACACACGUCACAGCUCUCAAAGCCCGAAACUCCCCUCAUACAGUUCCGCGGGGGCGGAAUGGAACAGCUUAGGCCCUCUGGCUUCUGCCUUCAUUAAGCCUCCUCUUGUCCCAGAUAUACAGCUGAAAACUGUAGGAACCUGCCGCCAGCAGGACCUCGUUCCUCUGGAGAAAUCCGUCUCUGCUGGACGCUGCAAGCUGCUGAUUGAUAUGGCGUUGUUCAUGGGAAGGUCGUUCCGCGUAGGGUGGGGUCCCAACUGGACUCUGGCUCAUAACGGGGGGGUGCUGAGCGAGUCCAGUGAGCAGGAGGACGACGGUAACAUGGAGACUAUGGAUUACGGGUUCCUGCCCAUGCCGAGCGCUGCUAAAUCUCUUGCAGAUUCCCCGUUUAAAGUCCGCAUAGAGAAGCUGAGCCUGGAAGAGAAGCGCAGAGACCUGCAGUCCUACCUCAUUCCCCUGGAGAUAGAGCUGAAGAACAGCACGGUGCAGCCAGAGCGGUGUCCCCGUCUGGUGCCAAACCCCGGCUACGCAGCCAUUCACGACUAUGCCGGAUGGGUCCGUGACGUUUGUGAGGACUCUGCAGACCUGGAGCCUGUGGUGACGCAAUGGUGCCUGACAUGGACCAUGUGCAAAGCCCUGUGGGGUCAGCUGCAGGAACUCGAGACCUCGCUAGAGGAAAGCAACGAGUACGUGGAGAGACUACAGCGCAGGAAAGCCUUCUCACAUUGGUUGGCUGAGACGGCAGCAGAGAACAUUGAGGAGGAAGUGGCUCUGCACAGCCACGAGCGGCCCAUCCAGGCAGUCUUCAGCUAUCUGACCGGCUGCCGCAUCAGCGAGGCGUGCCGUCUAGCACAGAAGUCUGGGGAUCACCGGCUUGCCAUGUUGCUAUCCCAGUUGGUUGGCAGUCAGCCUGUGCGGGAUCUGAUGACCAUGCAACUGGUGGACUGGAAUAAGCUGCACGUGGACCGGUUCAUCCAGGAGGAGAGACUGAAGGUGUACGCCCUGUUGUCCAGCACCCCUGUGUGGCAGUCUUCAGAUAAGAGGAGCAUCAACGUCUGCUCACAGCUGGACUGGAAGCGAGCGCUGGCCAUUCAUCUCUGGUACAUGUUGCCACCCACAGAAUCCAUCGCGCAGGCCCUGCAAAUGUAUGAAGAAGCUUUUCAGGAGUCUGAUGAAGGGCUACGUUACGCAGCUUACCCUCUGCCUGCCUAUCUGGAGGGGUCAUGUCUACACCUAAAUAAAAUCUCAGCAGAAGUCUAUUCCUCCUCCUUCAAGCGGGAUGUCUGCUUCCACCUCUUGAAGCUCUACAGUGACAGAUCUUACGAUCUCCGCCAGCUCCUGGACCCUACGAGUGUGACUGUCGACCCUCUGGACUACCGCCUCAGCUGGCACCUGUGGAUGGUUCUGCAAGCGUUGAAUUACACCCACCUCUCCGAGCAAAGCCAAGGCCUCCUGCAUGCCAAUUACGCCGCGCAGCUGGAAAAUGUGGGUCUCUGGGAGUGGGCCAUAUUUGUGAUGCUCCACAUUCCUAACGCCAUUAUUCGGGAGACGGCUGUCCGAGAGCUCCUGAACCGGCACUGUGUGCUGCAAGAGACUCCAGAGUCGUUGGCGAAGGAAAAUUUCCUGAUAAAGAAGCUCUGCAUCCCAGCCGAGUGGAUUCACGAGGCAAAGGCAAUCCGUUCCAAGCGAGACGGAGACAAACACAAGGAGGUUCUGUAUUUAUUAAGAGCCGGCCACUGGAACCAGUGCCACAGACUUGUCGCCCGGCACCUGGCUUCAGAUGCCAUCAUCAAUGAGAACUACUCAUACCUGCGCAGCUUCCUAGACGAGCUCUCCCGGCCAGAACAUUGCGUGCACAUUCAGGGCUGGGACACGGCUGGCCAGGUUUACCUGGAUUUCAUCAGCAUCGUAGAAAUGCUUAACAGUAUCCAACAGCGAGAAUGUUCUGGGUGUGAGCUGGAGAGAUUACACACAAAGGUGACAUCUGUCUGCAACAGGGUGGAACACAUCCAAUGCUACACAUCCAGGGAUCGGCUGGCGCAGUCUGAAAUGGCGAAACGCGUUGCGAACAUACUCCGCGCGGUCCUACGUUUACAACAUUCCCCUGAUUCGGAUGAUGCCUCAGACCUCCAGCGGGUCCCGCUCAGACUGCUUGCACCUCACAUAGGCCGUCUCCCGAUGCCAGAGGACUACGCCCUGGAAGAACUGCGCAGCCUCACUCAGUCUUACUUAAGAGAACUUACUGUGGGUGGCCAAUAAACUCUUUUGUGCACUUGCUGCCUGAAUUACGCGUACUUGGUCUACAAUGGUUUUCACUAAACCUCCACUGAAUGGACUUCUCUUCGGAGGGCUCAACUAUACUGCUGCAAGACCCUUCUGGGUCCACACCGUGAGACCAUCAAUGGACUCUGCCAGAACGAUAAUGUCUUUUUGCAAACAGAUUGUUGAAACUAAUGUGAAAAAACAAAACUAUUUUAAAAGUAUAACUGAUGGAUGUGUGAUUAACAGUUCAGAUCUAGAACUCCAUAGUAGUCUGCCGUUGUGUAUGGAUAAUUCAUAUGUACAAAGUUACGAAGGGGCGUGGAAUUCUGUUAGUGGCCAGGGUUUGAUACUUUCCUCGCAGCUCUUUUUUGCUUUUGCCAAAGUUUUCAGAGGUUCCUUCCCGGUAUGAGGUAUUUGAGUAGCCUAGCCUUCCUGCGACUCGGUGACUUGUCUAGCUCCACAGCUUUAGGGUGCGGAUUGUGAGUGUUUGGUGCGGUUUUCAGUCCUAUUCGUCGUCUUUAUAGUUCUAUGGUUGCUGCGUACCUGCUGGAACGUUGGCUGUAAUAGACCUUGUGUCUAUGUUGGAUUUACAGUAUUUAUAUCACCUCUGCUAAACAUUCACUGAGAAAUGGGUUCCAUAUCUUUUAAUCCUAUCUGCCACUUUAUUUUUUCUUCCCUGAAAGUCCAGCGCCCCACUAUAAAGCUGCGUAAGCACUGAAGAGCUGGCGAUCGCUCGCUUUGUGCCCUGGAAGGGAUUAUCUUUUUUUUUUUUUUUUGCCCCCUUCAAACUCUUGUUACUUGUGUACAGUCCUGAGAGCUUUGCCUCCUAUUCCCGCACUCCCCUCCGCCAGCCGUAUGAAGGUGACUGAUGACGUCCAGAGCCUGGUAUUGCCAUGCAGACUGACGUUUGUGUGCAUCAGAGUGUGUUGUGCAUGAUUCAUGUUAUGAGGUUUUUAUUCAAAGCAUAUAAAGAGUCCUAAUUAUGAAUAAAAGGUUUUUUUUUUUUUUGUCUUCUGAAAACUUUUUAAUAAAAUCUUUACAACUUUG